GUUGAUAAGGUUAUUGAAAUUUCUAUUAAAUUGAGUUAUCGGUUUUGCUUCUAGUUCUAUUUGUAAGCCUCAAAAUGCAGCUUCACGUCAGAGGUCAGUCGACGCAUGUCUUGGAAGUCAGUGGCGAGGAAUCUAUUGGACAAAUCAAGGAACGCCUGAGAGUACUUGCCGAGGUAGGAGCUGAAGAUUUGACACUUUCAGUUAACGGCGCUCCUCUUGAUGAUUCUUACCUGGUUUCGGAACUCUCCUCUGCUGAGUUGGAUCUCACAGUACCACUGCUUGGUGGUAAAGUGCACGGUUCCCUGGCUCGUGCUGGAAAGGUUAAAGGACAAACCCCAAAGGUAGAGAAACAACAAAAGAAAAAGAAGAAGACUGGCCGUGCCAAGCGCAGGAUCCAAUACAACAGAAGAUUUGUCAACGUUGUACAGACGUUUGGUCGCCGCCGUGGACCCAACUCUAACUCAUAGGUUACUUUUAAUGUAAAUAACAUGCAAAUAUAACAUCCCAUUUGCU